AUGGCCGACGUCGGCGUUCACCGACUGAUGGCUCGCGCGGAUGACCCGUCGUCAACGUCGCCUUCAGCUUCAGGCUUGGUGACGACCCUCGUCCCGGCCCUGAUCUCGUUCGUCGUGAUGGUGGUGCUGUUCAUUAUCCUGCGAAAGACCAAUCGCAGAAUGUACAUGCCCCGAACCUACAUUGGCUACCUGCGCGGCUGGGAGCGCACCCCCGACACCCCGACUGGCUUGGUGGAUUGGAUCAAGGCCAUGUACAAGCUCCCGGAUACAUACGUCCUGCAGCACCACUCGAUGGACGCGUAUCUGCUGCUGCGAUUCCUGAAGAUGUGCUCCAUGUUGCUGUUUGUCGGCUGUUGCAUGACCUUCCCGGUGCUCUGGCCUGUCAAUGCCACUGGCGGGGGUGGCCAGACGCAGUUGAACUUGCUGUCGAUUUCCAACAUUGGCGAGAACUCGUAUGGCCGCUACUUUGCGCACUGCUUUAUUUCGUGGAUCUUUGUUGCGUUUGUCUUCUUCCUGAUUACGCGCGAGCACAUCUUCUAUAUCAACUUGCGCCAGGCGUACCUCUUCUCUCCGGCCUAUGCCAAUCGCAUUUCUUCCCGCACCGUGUUGUUCACUGCGGUCACGUCCGAUCUCUUGGAUAAGGAGAAGGUUCGCAUCACUUUCGGCCGCGACAAGGUUAAGAAUGUGUGGAUUGCUUCUGAUACCAAGGAGCUUGAGGAGAAGGUCAAGGAUCGUGAUAGCGCUGCGAUGAAGCUCGAGGGCGCCGAGACUAAGCUCAUUGUCAUGGCCAACAAGGCCCGUAACAAGGCUUUGAAGAAGCAGGGCUCGGCCGAAACCCCUGAGACGGACAUUGGUGAUGGCCAGUUCGAUGAUGAGUCUGGCUCUGUCGCUGCUCGCUGGGUUCAGGCCAAGGACCGCCCCACUCACCGUCUCAAGAUGCUCAUUGGCAAGAAGGUUGACACGAUUAACUGGUGCCGUGCCGAAAUUGAGCGUCUCACCCCUGAAAUUGAGGAACUGCAGGCUAAGCACCGUGCUGGUGACGUCAAGUUGGUCUCAUCGAUCUUUGUUGAAUUCCACCACCAGGCCGAUGCCCAGGCCUCUUAUCAGUCUGUCGCGCACCACCUCCCCCUGCACAUGAGCCCUCGCUACAUCGGUUUGGAUCCUUCUCAGGUCAUCUGGGCCAACCUUCGCAUCAAGUGGUGGGAGCGCCUCGGUCGUCACGCCGCUACUAUUGCCUUUGUGUGUGCUUUGAUCAUCUUCUGGGCCAUUCCUACUGCUGCUGUUGGUGCCAUCUCCAACAUUAACGCUUUGAUCGACAAGGUUCACUUCUUGAGCUUCAUCAACGAUGUCCCCUCAUGGAUCAAGGGUGUUAUUACCGGUCUUUUGCCCGUUGUCCUGAUGUCUAUCUUGAUGGCUCUGGUUCCUAUCAUUCUUCGCCUGAUGGCCAAGUGGGGUGGUGCUCCUAGUGCUGCCGCCGUCGAAUUGACUGUUCAGAACUGGUUCUUCGCUUUCCAGGUUGUGCAGGUCUUCCUGGUGAUUACUCUGGCCUCUGCCGCCACCAGUGUGGUGACGUCUAUCAUCAACGACCCUUCUUCGGCUCCCUCGCUGCUGGCCAACAAAAUUCCUCUCUCGGCCAACUUCUACAUUUCCUACAUUAUCCUCCAAGGAUUGUCGUUCAGUUCCGGUGCUUUGCUCCAGAUUGUUCCUCUGAUCCUUUCCAAGGUUCUGGGCAAGUUCUUGGAUAGCACUCCCCGUAAAAUCUAUACCCGUUGGGCGAACUUGGCUGGUCUCGGAUGGGGUACCGUCUACCCUGCCGUCACUUUGCUGACUGUGGUUGCCAUUACCUACUCUUGCAUCGCCCCAUUGGUCAUGGGCUUCGGCACUAUUGGUCUGUACCUCUUCUACUUCGCGUACCGGUACAACUUCCUGUACGUGUCGAACGCAAACAUCGACACUCAGGGUAGAUGUUACACCCGUGGUCUGCAGCACCUCACCGUUGGCUGCUACCUUCUGAUGGUCUGUCUGAUCGGUCUGUUCGCCAUGGCCUCCGGUGCCAACCAGAUUGCCGUCGGUCCUCUGAUUCUGGAGAUUAUCUUCCUUGUCUUUGUCAUCCUAUACCACAUUUCGAUGAACGGCGCCAUGGAGCCCCUCCUGAACUACCUACCCAAGAACCUCGAGGCUGAAGAGGAGGCUCUCCUUGCUGCUGAGAAGAGCAACUUCAAGUCUGAUGAACAGUCCGACGACAUGCGUGCCCCCACCGGCUCUACUGUGGCUGUCCCCGACAACGGUGUUGGCAACGUCGACUCGGCUGAGAAGGGUCUGACCGGAACCCCAUCCACCCCUCCCAAGGCCAACAUCUUCACCAAGUUUUUCCAACCGGGUCGGUACAACAGCUACCACGAACUGCGCAAGCUGGUUCCCACCUCGGAACACAUGCCCACUUACUCCGCAGAAGCCGAGCGUGAUGCCUAUAGCCAUCCCUCCAUCUCUUCCCAGGCUCCUCUCCUUUGGAUUCCCCGUGAUUCUCUCGGUAUCAGUAGCCAGGAAGUCGCCCACACAAUGCGCGUCAUUCCCAUCACAGACGACGAGUCCUGGCUCGAUGAGAACUGCAAGAUCCAAUGGAACAUCGAGAAGGGCGAGCCCCCCAUCUACGAGGAGAAGAUCGCCUACUAA